AUGCCAGGUGAACUGUCGGACAUGCCGUUGCAGCCAGGCAUCGUUAAAUUCGAGUUCGCCAUGGGCGCGCACGGUCUCGUUUGGACCCAGGGAACUACCAUUGUGGAGCGCGUGUCGUGCCAGGCCCGAUUCUUGGGCGUGCGGCCAGGCUGGAGCAUCAGCAUGGUCAACGGCAUGCCUAUCACUGACAGCGUCACGUGCUGGCAUGAGUUGCAGAAGUGCAAGAAAUCUGGCCUUAGGUACAGUGCUUCUUUUCUCAAAGACGAGGCCUCAAUCCGAGAAGAUCUGACGAAAGCGGAAGCCGAGCGCCAGAAGAGGGCGACGAAGGCCGCAGAGGAGAGGCUGGAGCAGCAGGCCAGGGCCACCGCGGCGGCGGAGCGACAGAGGCAGGCGAGGAAACGCUUGGAGAUGCUGCGCAAGGACUUCGAGUCGGAGAUCGAAGAGGCGAGGGCGUUGGCAGAAGGGAAAAAGAGCGGAGGCCAGAGAACGCGCGCAGCACUGAAGAGGCUGAUGGCGCAGGUCGCGGCGAUCGAGACCCAGAAUGCGUGGAUUCUGGACGCUGUGGGCAAGAUCGCGGGCGCCGGGCUGACCGCCAAGUUCCGAGCCGCGCGGAUAUCGGCGGAGAUCCAAGAGACGCAGGUCACAUGUUUCAUGACUCUUGUUGAGCAGCUAUACGCGCAGAAGCCCGGUACGAUCCUGGACGAGCUACUCGACAACCUGAAGGAGACUGGGCCUGCGGGCGACGCGACGCCGUUGCAGAUCCAGCUCCUCGCAGAGGACGAAUUGCUGGCCAUCGCCACUUGGGCUCUGUAUGCCAUGAAGGACGUCGACAUCGACGGGUUGUUUUGCUUUGAAGACGCCCCAGAACUGCCAGAGGGCCUGGGAGAGCCCGCCCUGCGCGACGAGUUCUACAGCGAGCACAGGCAGAAAGUAGGCGGAAAGCGAAAUCCACAAAUUUUCCAGGUGGCGAACUGGGCCUCCCGCGUCUGCUUCGACAGCGCUGGCGACCGGCAGGGCGCCCUGGGCGGCCUGAGAGCAUGGAUCCGCUCCAUAGUCGAUGGCUUCAGAGCCAAGGCCGCUGGCGACCGUUUCUUCUGGGCGGCGCCCUCCAGCACGACAGUCGACGCCUCGAUCUCCGAGGCGCGCUGCAACCAGCAGGCGCACAAGAAAAACAACGUGCUCUUCGCCAUAUCCGGCAUCACCCACGCCUCCCCGAUGAUGGAGCUGAGCGCGUAUCCCGGGGAGCGCGAGUGGCUUCCACCUCCGUUCACCGCGCUGGAUGUGGAGCGCGUGGUGGACGGAGCCCCGCUGCAGCUGCACUGCAAGUUCGGGGGCUGCAUGCUCACCUCUGCCUUCCGCGAGGAGGUGCGGGGCGACUUUAAGGCCGCCUCGAGGCGGCUGAGCAUGCGGCGCGCGGAGUCGCAGCGGAAUGCAGCGGAGAUGCGCGAAGACCUGGCCAAUUUGUUGGAGUGGGCGAAGUCGACUCGGGCGAAGACCCGAAUGCGAAUCGAGAGUAUAUUUCAAGAACCGCGUCCGGAGGAGUAUCUCCACAUCAUCAAGAAGUGGGAGGAGAAGGAGUGUCUCCUCACGGCGGAACUGGCCGAAGCUAAGGAGUGGGCGAAGUGGUUUCGGGAGAAGGAGCUGAAUUCGGCCAGACUGCGCUUCCAGCAAAUAGCGCGUCAACUGCAGAUACCGCCAGGGACGGGUAUGAGGGCAGAGUAUGAGUCGUCAACUGAGUCGUUAAAGCGUCAACUGGACAUACCUGAUAGUCUGAGGGAAGAGUAUGAGUCGUUAGAGAGGAAGAUCCAUCGCCUCGAGACGGUGACCGGGGACGAGGGGCACGGCACUCGGUUCAACGCGU